GCACCGCCACUCAUCCAUCAAACCCAGACAGCCAGAGAAAUAGCUGCGCCACAGUUUGUCCAUCGUGAGCACUGGCCCUCACUAUGGUAAGUACAUAGUUACUGUGUACAUCCCUACCAAAGCUUCCAUCAGGUAUCUUUUUAUCGGUGUUCAUGAAUACAUAUCACGCUAACCACUCGCCCAUGAUUCUGUGGUGAAUCGUCGGAAGUCACAUUGGUGUCACAUCUCGUUGUCUUUUUCUGAACUGCUUUCACAUUUUCACCACCACAAUUCUAAUUCCUUGUAUCAGGCUGAGGAACCAGUGAGCUCAGCUCGGUCUGACGACAAGGACUAUCAAAGAUACAAGUCAUUCUUUUCUGACGCUGUCAUUAAUUGUGACGCUCCUGUCAAUUUUGACCCUGGGAAGUCUCAGGUUGUCAAGAAUCCCUACCAAGAUUCCGACCUAAAAGACGAUUGGACCAUGGCUGACCCUGCUGUCGCGGCUGCUGAGCCUGCUCACCUCCAACCUUACCGAACCAUGUUUGUGACUAUUGGUUCUAUCGCCUCAUUCAAGGAUCUCGUUGAGGAGGUCGUAUCCGACAAGUUUCUGGAGACUCUUGCUGAACUCAAGUUUAACCGACUCAUUGUUCAGUGCGGCCCUGACCUGGAGCUCUUUGAACGCCUUCGCCCUCAGAAGGGAUUCGACAGCCACUGGAUUGAUAUCAGUGGAUUUGCCUACACUGAUGAUAUGAAGAGCCACUUGCUGAAGUGCGCUCCUUCCAAUGGUGGACUUUUCAGUGAGAAGCGUGGUAGAGGCAUCAUCAUGGCUCAUGCAGGCGCUGGUACCAUUCUGGAAGCUCUGACUGUUGAUGCUAGAGUUAUCGUUGUUCCCAACACCUCUCUCAUGGACAACCACCAGCUUGAGCUCGCCGAGGAGCUUGACAAGCAAGGUUACCUGAUUCAAGGUCAUCUUGGUCAGCUACACGCAGAUGUUGAGAAGAUGGAGAAGUUUGAGCCUGUCAAUUGGCCGCCGAAGCGACCCAAGGACUCGAGAUUCGGACAUGUCGGCGAUAUCAUCAACUGGAUGUUGCCCGCCAAGGAUAUCACCGAGGCACCCGAGGAGGAGGUACGCCAAAUGCCAUUAGAGGAGCAGAUGUGGUAUGAUAUGUAUGCCAACCAGCCAUUUCCCGACGGUGAUCCACGUCAUGAGUUUCUCAAUGGCCUCAUUACAAAGAAGAAGACCGAAAUGUUCGGUGAAUGGCGCGCCAAUUGGUACGCCAAGAGAAAGAUCGCAGACAGGCUGAGCAAGGAGAAGCAGAAGGGCGAGGAGGAGCAGGAGCAGGAGGAAGUGGUGGACGAGGAGGCCAAAAACCCACGUCACUAGGAGCACAAGCCUUCGCCGUGCUCUUCUCAUAUGUACCCAUUUCGAUACAUGAUCGGCCGGCUUCACGAACAGGAUGCGAAGGAAGAUGAAAGCGUGGCCAAGAACGGGCAAGAGGCUUUCACCAGUGACGAUGGUUGUUUCCUGAGCAAGGAUGCUGCGUUUGAUGAUGCAAUGGACACAUACACGCCUCUCUGGCUCGACUGAGUCUACAUCGGUCAAGCUGGUAAUUGCAUCAUGAAUCUGAGAGAAGCUAUGUUUUUGAUUCUGGUUGGUCCUCACGAGGACUAACAUUGGCAUAUGGAAAUAUGGAUCUGGAGGUUUUGGCGUUCUGAAAAAGGAUGAUACCCGAUUUGCAUUUCUAGUUUGCAGUGUGCUUUUGCUACUUGGUAGAAUAAUUCGAGCCGUGAACUCCGAGUUUUUCUGUUCUCGAUUUCCG